UCUGACACUUGAUUUAGGAAGAUGUCUACUAGUUGUUUAGACAUUUAAUUUGUUAAAUUUAUUAGAUUUUAUCAAUAAAUACGGCUUUGUAUAACUUAAAAUAGGUGCAGAUUGUUCAAAACAAUCUCCCUAAAAUGGAUGACAUAGAAAAAUUAAGUUGUAAAGAAGAAUUGGAAGCCAGUGAUGUUGAAAACUCUGCCACUGACGACCACAAAGAUAUGGACGAGAAACCAAGUAAUAAAAGGAAGCGGAGACGCCGUGAAAUUGACAUGAUUAAAAUGUCCGAUGAUGAUGAUACGGAUGAUGAGGGCCUGGCUAAGAAGCUCAUUCGUCGGCUCAGUCCGGGCCCGGGGCCCAACUCUCCGGCUUCUCACAGGGAACCUCGCACUUGUGUGCUGAAGGCAAGUCAGAAGAGAAGACCACUAUCCCGUCUCCUGGAACAGCUACUCCGCAACCUAGAAAAGCGGGACCCCAACCAGUUCUUUGCCUGGCCAGUGAACGAUAACUUCGCUCCAGGGUAUUCAGACAUCAUCAGGCGACCGAUGGACUUCUCUACCAUGAAACAGAAGAUAGAUGAUAAUGAGUACAAAUCACUCAAUUGUUUUAUUAGUGACUUCAAACUAAUGUGCAACAACGCAAUGAAGUACAACAAGCCCGGCACGGUCUACCACAAGGCUGCCCGUCGUCUCCUCCACGCUGGCCUCAAGCAGCUCACUCCUCAGAAGCUGCGUCCCCUCGGCAACCUCCUCACGUACAUGUAUGAGAUACCCAUUAAGGAGCUGGGCUUUGAUAUCGGGAAAAUGGAUGUGCACAAGGUGCUGAAGCGGUCCAGCCCCAUCAAGAGCGGCGGCUCCGAGGCCGAGGCUGCCUCCGACGGCGGACACGACGCGGGACCUGAUAGCUUGAAGAUGCAGAUGGAGGCAGCUAGAGAACAGCAUAGGAGACGGCUGGCUAAGAAAGCGUUCCCCCGCAUGGACUCAGAGGGCAAGACCACACUAUGUCUGGUCACCAACACAGUGGAAGGUUCGGGGGAAGAGAAGCCUCUCACGCUUGGCCGGUACAUCGGCAAGCUCACACAGGGCAGUGGCACUUUACAUACACCCCGCGAGGACCGUCGCAACGUGGCGAAGGGCGUGAAGCCGCUGAACUACGGCCCCUUCAGCUCGUACGCGCCUUCCUACGACGGCACCUUCGCUACCCUCACCAAGGAGGAGUCGCAUCUACUGUACCAUACGUUACCAUAUGAAACGGGCCAGAGUACUGAAGAGCCACUUCGCUUCGCCCCUGACUCGCCGUGGUCGCUCAUAUACGACAUGGAGGCGCUCUUCCCGGACAAGAAGCAGCAGGAACCACCACCCUCACCUGAAAAUGACCUCUCAAAGGUAAAGGUGGACAUAGACCAGCUUCGCACCCUCUCCGAGCUGGGCAUCGACGUGGACUACCUGAACGACAUCGAAGAGGAGGUGGCCGCUUCCCAGCAUGACUACGGCAUCUCCGCGCCGCUGAGGCACACGCAUGAACUGCUGCUCAAACUCGAGAAGGAACAGAAAGACAGGUUAUCAGCCCCUCCGCCGUGGCACCUGUCGCUGGCGGCGCGGGCAGGAGCCCAGGAGCGCGAGCUGGCGCGGCUGGUGACGUGCUGCCUGCGCGGCAUGCUGCAGCGCGUGCCGCCGCGCCACGUGGCGCCCGUGCCCGCGCUCAGGAAGGCCAUGGGCGUCACGCUCGAUCAUUUAGACACCCCCAUGGCCGUGGAUGAUUUUGAGCUAGAAAUGAAUGAGCAUCGCGAUGUGGCGUCGGACCCCGACUCGCGGUCCAGUCACGACAAGUGAUAGCAGUACUUAAUUAUUGUUAUACUAUUACUAAGUAGGGAUAGGAAAUAUUAAUAAAUGAUAAGACUUAUUAA